GCAGAGCAGAGCAGAGCAGGUGGCCCUCCUUGGGAUGCUGCUGCUGCUGCUGCUGGCGCCGGUGGUGGUCCCUCUGCUUCUGGAGCGUGAGCGAUCCAGGCAGCCUUCCUCCUGCUCUUGGCUUAUGUAAAAGGCAAGCGAGAGAGAGGCAGAGGAGGAGCAGUGCGAGGUCCAGGCAGAGCACCGCGGAGCGGAGCAGAGCAGAGGGGCUCCCCGAUGUGCGAAGUGGGCCCCCGGCCUCCCUUCCUGGACGGAGGAGGAGGAGGAGGAGGAGGAGGAGAGACCCCUCCGUCCAGCGCUCUCUCUCCGCCGGGGCUCCAGGGGGGCUUCGGGGCCGGAGAGAAGGGGCGAGAGAUGGGAGAACAGCCCAUCUUCACCACCAGAGCGCAUGUCUUCCAAAUUGACCCCACCACCAAGAAGAACUGGGUUCCUGCAAGCAAGCAGGCUGUAACUGUUUCCUACUUCUAUGACAGCACAAGAAACAGCUAUCGAAUUAUCAGUGUGGAUGGAGCCAAGGUGAUUAUAAAUAGCACUAUCACACCAAAUAUGACCUUCACAAAAACAUCACAGAAAUUUGGCCAGUGGGCUGAUAGCAGAGCGAACACUGUGUUUGGCCUGGGUUUUUCUUCUGAACAACAGCUAACCAAGUUUGCUGAGAAAUUUCAAGAAGUAAAAGAAGCUGCCAGACUAGCCAGAGAGAGAUCUCAGGAAAAAAUAGAGACUUCCAGCAAUCAUUCCCAAGAAUCAGGACGUGAAACUCCAUGUUCUACUCGGGCAUCAAGUAUAAAUGGAACAGAUGAUGAAAAGGCAUCGCAUGGUGGUCCUUCUGAUGCACAGCUGAAAACAGAGAACGACAGGUUGAAACUUGCACUAGCACAAAGUUCCUCUAAUGUAAAGAAGUGGGAGAUAGAACUGCAGGCUCUUCGGGAAAGCAAUGCCAGACUGACUUCUGCACUCCAGGAAUCUGCGGCCAGCAUAGAACACUGGAAAAAACAGUUUUCAGUUUGCAAAGAAGAGAACGACCAACUUAGGAGUAAGAUUGAGGAACUGGAAGAACAAUGCGAUGAAAUAAAUAAGGAAAGAGAAAGAAAUGUGCAGCUGAGCAGGCGCCUUCAGGAAUUGGAAACAGAGCUUCAAGACAAAGAUUUGGAACUAGAGGAUCUUCGGAAACAGGGUGAAAUCAUUCCACAACUGGUGACAGAAUGUGAAACAGUAUCUCAGAAAUUGCAGGCUGCUGAGAAGAGGAAUAAAGACCUCGAGGAGAAGGUCAGAGCCCUGAAGACAGAAGUCGAAGACAGCAAACACAGACAAAAUCAUCUUAAGACUGAGUUACAGACUUUUUUAGAUGUACUAGAUGGAAAGAUUGACGAAUUGCAUGAUUUCCGGCAAGGACUGUCUAAACUGGGAGUUGACAACUAGGGAACAGCAACAUUUCCAUUUGGGGUAUGCGUGGGUAGGGAUGUGUUUUAAAUCCUGAAUAUUUCUUUCACACACACACACACAAAGAAACCCAACACAAAUAGAUUGGUUCUUCCUGUUUGCAAUGUGAUUUGUACAUAGAUUUAAUGGUUUCAUGUUUUUUUUUUCCUUACUUUUUCUUUCCAAAAAUGCUGUUUGCUCUUUCUUUCUUUUUUUAAGAGAGAGGGAAAAAAGAAAGAAGGUAAGAGAAAUGUUUAUUUCCUAUUGCUCUGGCCCUUUGAGAGUUUGUGAACAGGAGAGGGGUCUUGCCUCAGGAAAACGAACUCAGACCUACCUUUAA